UUUCCAAAGCAAAAAUAUGGGAGUCCAACGCUUUCAUAGGAUAAUUUUACUUCUUGUUCUGUCACUUUGCUUCGUGUUUGGUUCAACUUCUAGGGUUCAUGUCUCUUAUGAUGCAAGAGGCAUCAAACUCAAUGGUCACCGGAAACUUAUUCUCUCUGGUUCCAUUCAUUACCCUCGCAGUACACCAGAGAUGUGGCCGGAUCUUAUCAAGAAGGCGAAAGAAGGUGGCCUUAACACCAUUGAGACCUACGUGUUUUGGAAUGCUCACGAACCGACUCGUGGCCAGUAUGAUUUCUCCGGAAACCUAGACCUAGUUCGGUUCAUCAAGACCGUACACAAAGAGGGUCUCUAUGCCAUUCUUCGAAUUGGACCAUACGUUUGUGCAGAAUGGACUUAUGGAGGGUUUCCGGUUUGGUUGCACAACUUGCCCGGUAUCAAGCUAAGAACCAACAACGAAGUCUACAAAAACGAGAUGAAAACGUUCACGACGAUGAUUGUGAACUUGAUGAAACGCAACAAGCUCUUCGCCCCUCAAGGAGGACCCAUCAUCCUUUCUCAGAUUGAGAACGAGUACGGGAACGUGAUUGGUAAGUACGGAGACGAGGGAAAAGAGUAUGUGAAGUGGUGUGCCGAUCUUGCCACGAGCUACAAAAUCGGAAUACCGUGGAUUAUGUGCCAACAAGACGAUGCACCCGAAAGCAUGAUUAGCUCCUGCAAUGGCUUCUACUGUGAUGAUUGGAAGCCUAGGAACCCUAACGCUCCUAAAGUCUGGACUGAAAACUGGAGUGGAUGGUUUAAGGAUUAUGGGAUGGGAGAUCCUCACAGAUCAGCAGAAGAUCUUGCGUUCGCCGUCGCAAGAUUCUUCCAGAAAGGUGGUUCCGUUCACAAUUAUUACAUGUACCACGGAGGUACAAAUUUUGGCCGAACAGCCGGUGGUCCGUUCAUUACAACGUCGUACGAUUACAACGCUCCUCUCGAUGAAUACGGUAACAAGAACCAACCGAAAUGGGGACAUCUAAAGAGCCUUCACAAGGUUCUGAAAUCGAUUGAGAAGCCUCUUCUCUAUGGAGAAAAAUCCGAAACCGGAUUCGGACAAUGGGCAAAUGCAACCGUGUAUAGCUACAAGGGCAAAUCAGUGUGUUUCUUGGCAAAUGUCUACCAAGAAGACAAAGACAUAACCGUACAAGGCACGACGUACCGGGUACCGGGAUGGUCGGUAAGCAUCUUACCUGACUGCGAGACAGAAGUGUACAAUACGGCCAAGGUGAAUGCUCAGACUUCGGUGAUGGUGAAGAAAACGAACGGGGAAGAUGACGAUAAUUACGAGGGGAACCCUUUUGGAGGAUUGAAUUGGGUGUGGAGAGACGACAAACCCGUGGGACUGUCUAAGUCAGGACAUGUUCGUGGAAGUCUUAUGAUGUCUCACAGUCUCCUCGACCAGAAAAUCGCUAAUGAUACCAGCGAUUAUCUUUGGUAUAUCACAAGAGUGAAUAUUAAAAAGAGGGACUCUCUCAUGGGCAAGAAGAAGAUCAAUCUCCAUGUUCACACCAACGGGCACGUUGUUCAUGCCUUCUUCAACAAGAAAUACCUCGGUUACAAGUAUUCGGUAAGUUCGAACGAUUUCGUGAUGGACAAACGCAUCAAAAUCAAGAGGGGCAAGAACGAGAUCGCUCUUCUCAGCACCACAGUAGGAUACAACAACUAUGGAGAAUUCUUCGAUGAGACGAGGCAUGGCAUUUGGGGUCCGGUCAAACUGGUAGGAGAGAAUCAUGGGGAGAAGAUCAUCAAGAACGUAUCUUCGAGUUUAUGGAUAUACAAGUCCGGAUUGUACGGAGAAGAAAACAAAUUCUACGAGGCAGGGAUUCACAACGCACGUCGUGCAUGGCAUUCGACCAGUCUCCCAUCCAACAGACCCUUUGUCUGGUACAAGGCCACGUUCCCGACCCCGUUGGGGACGGAUCCCGUGGUGGUGGAUCUUCGAGGGUUGAGCAAAGGCGAGGUCUGGGUUAACGGUAAAAGCAUCGGGCGGUUUUGGGCGUCCCUCGAGGCGAAGGGCUGCAACGAUAACUGCGACUACAGAGGCGCAUACUCGGGCGAAAAAUGCGUGACGGGAUGCGGCGAACCUACUCAGAGAUGGUAUCAUAUCCCGAGAUCGUUCCUGAAAGAGUACGAGGACAAUGUGAUGGUGGUGUUUGAUGAGUUUGGAGGGUCGCCUCAGCUUGUGAAGAUACAGACCGUAACGAUAGGCAAAGUCUGCGCAACUGCCUAUGAGGACAAGACACUGGAGCUGUCUUGCCAAGGAGGAAGCGUUUUCAAAGAGUUUCACUUCGCUGAUUAUGGAGAACCCGAGGGCGACUGCGGCGAUUUUAGCCGAGGCAGCUGUGGCGCUCGCCACACCAUGAACAUUAUCAAUCAGAAAUGCCUUGGGAAAGAGAGGUGUGUGAUUAGGGUUUCGGACGAGACUUUUGGUGCAAGUCACUGCAAUGGAGAGAAGAGGCUCGCUGUUGAAGCUUCUUGCGGGGUUUAGGUUACUUGGUCUCUAAGUUGGGGUUUCAAUCUUGGAUUUUU